AUGUCUCUGUCCAACAAGCUCUCCAUCGCCGACGUUGACGUCAAGGGCAAGAGGGUCCUAAUCCGAGUCGACUUCAACGUUCCCCUGGACGCAGACAAGAACGUCACCAACCCCCAGCGUAUCGUCGGUGCUCUCCCCACCAUCAAGUACGCCAUCGACAAUGGCGCCAAGGCAGUGAUUCUCAUGUCUCACCUUGGCCGUCCCAACGGUGCCGUCAACCCCAAGUACUCGCUCAAGCCCGUCGUCCCUGUCCUCGAGAAGCUCCUGGGCAAGUCUGUUACCUUUGCCCCUGACUCCGUUGGCCCCGAGGUUGAGGCCAUUGUCAACAAGGCCGACAACGGCGAGGUGAUCCUUCUCGAGAACUUGCGCUUCCACAUUGAGGAGGAGGGCAGCGCCAAGGACGCUGAGGGCAAGAAGGUCAAGGCCGACAAGGCCCAAGUCGAUGCUUUCCGCAAGGGCCUCACUGCCCUCGGUGACGUCUACGUCAACGAUGCCUUCGGCACUGCUCACCGUGCCCACUCUUCCAUGGUCGGUGUCGACCUGCCCCAGAAGGCCUCCGGUUUCCUCGUCAAGAAGGAGCUCGAGUACUUUGCCAAGGCCCUGGAGUCUCCUCAGCGUCCCUUCCUCGCCAUUCUCGGUGGUGCCAAGGUUUCCGACAAGAUCCAGCUGAUUGACAACCUGCUCGACAAGGUCAACACUCUCAUCAUUUGUGGUGGUAUGGCCUUCACCUUCAAGAAGGUUCUCAACAACGUUGCCAUUGGCUCGUCCCUCUUCGAUGAGGCUGGCGCCAAGACUGUCGAGUCUCUUGUGCAGAAGGCCAAGGAUAAGAACGUCAAGAUUGUCCUGCCUGUCGACUACAUCACUGCCGACAAGUUUGACAAGGACGCCAACACUGGCAAGGCUACCGAUGCCGAGGGUAUCCCUGACGGCUGGAUGGGUCUGGACUGCGGCGAGGAGUCCAUCAAGCUCUAUAAGGAGGCCAUCAGCGAGGCCAAGACCAUCCUCUGGAAUGGCCCUGCUGGUGUUUUCGAGUUCGACAAGUUCGCCACCGGUACCAAGGCUACCCUGGAUGCCGUUGUCGAGGGUGUCCAGAAGGACGGCAAGAUCGUCAUCAUCGGUGGUGGUGACACCGCUACUGUCGCUGCCAAGUACGGUGUCGAGGACAAGCUCAGCCACGUCUCAACCGGCGGUGGUGCCAGCUUGGAGCUUCUUGAGGGCAAGGAGCUGCCCGGUAUCACUGCCCUGUCGAGUAAGUAG